AUGGCAGACGCGGAACUGAAGAGAGCGUUUGCUGAGCUUCAGCAGAAAAUGGUGGAGACCGAGCAGAGAAUGCGAAUGGCUGACGCUCAAAUCGACGGACUGAAGCGAAGUGUAAAGCGCACAAUUCUCACUAAGCAGGAAAUCUCUGGUCUGCCCGAGGGAACUAGAACCUAUGAUUCUGUUGGCCGUUGCUUCAUCCUGCGACCUGCUGAUGACAUCUCAAAAAUGUUAGAUGAUCGUGUGAAGACGAGUGAGGAGAGAAUCAAGACAUUGGACGAGCAGAAAGGGUAUAUGGAGAAAAAUGUGAAGGAGAGUCAGGAAUCCCUGCGGGAGUUGGUCAGACAGAAACAGUCGAGGGCAUAG